CUCGUAGUAUAUAUAGCGCCAUCGUUACUCAGUAACGACCAGUGUAUAGAUCUUCCAGUCUCUUAGACUUGCCCAUUGACAGCAUCGUCGACGUCUGCCGGGCUCAAGUACCUCACCCCGCUGGGUGCAGCCUCUCGCCACGACACGAGUGCGUGGUGACGUUUGGUCUGUCGCCGGGCAUCGACGCAGACGGCGCAUCGGUACUGCCACUGGAUGUGGACUUCGCUGUCUGGAAGAAACGCGAAGUGCAGCCCAACGACGUGGGCGCGGUCGUCCAGCGAAUGAUGACCGCAGUGGGAGAGUUGGACGCUGCCGCAGAGCCGUUGACGGCGCAGGCAGAGCCGUCGACGGCACCUGCGCGUUGCGUGCCCAGCUCCCUCUUCGGUUUCCUCGCGUCUGAGGCGUUUUUUGCCUACAUGCACCCAGAGGCCGCGGCUUCCUCCUGGCCAGACCCCACUGCGGAAGUGGUGCCGACGCCACAGCAUCCCGUGUCUAGUGGCCCUGCCACCACCGACGAGCAUCUCAUCACUCCGACACCUGCGGCACGUCGACCCACCCAGCAGCGGCGACGAUGAGCGGUAUGUUGCAGGUGCCAUCCGGAGGGCCGUCCAC